UCAGGGUACGACGUGAAGAUGUAUUACAAGCAGUCUGGUCUUUUUCAAAAGAUCGCAAGGCAUCCAUGGUUUGAGAAUAUCACAAUGUUCAUCAUUGGAAUCUACGCUAUGUGGAUGGCAGUCGACACAGACUUGAACCGCGCUGAAGUAAUUUUGCAGGCGGAUGCAGUGUUCUUUGUGGCUGAGCAGAUAUUUUGCUUGUACUUUUUCGUGGAACUUGUCAUUCGAUUUCUGGCUUUCAAGGCCAAGCGGAACUGCCUCAGAGACGCCUGGUUUGUGUUCGACUUCCUCUUAGUCAUCACGAUGGUCUUGGAGACCUGGGUUAUGACCGCUGUGCUGUUGGUGACGGGGGCUGGGACCAGCAGCGGUCUCCUCUCCAACGCCUCCAUCCUUCGUUUGGCCAGGCUCAUGCGCCUGUCGCGGCUUUUUCGAAUGGCGCGCUUGCUGCGGAUGGUCCCGGAGCUGCUGAUUUUGGUGAAAGCGAUCGCGGCGGCGAUGCGGUCCGUUGGCUUCACGUUGCUGCUGUUGGUCAUCGUUUUGUACGUCUUCGGCAUCGGAUUCACCCAGCUCUUGCGCGGCUCCCUCGUGGGCUCCGAUACCUUCCCAGGAGUCUUCCUGUCCAUGCAGAGCCUCUUCUUGCACGGCACCCUCUUGGACUCCAUCUCGGACCUGGUCGCCGACUUCAUCACACAGGAGCAAUACCUGGCCUUGGCCCUCCUGUAUGCCUUUCUGAUUCUUUCGGCCAUUACUAUCGCCAACAUGCUGAUCGGCGUGAUCUGCGAGGUCAUCACCGCAGUGGCCGCUGCAGAGAAGGAGGCGAUUCAGAUCACUUGGGUGAAAGAGACACUGAACCGGGUCAUGGGCUGCAGCUUUGCAGCAUUGUCGCAUUGCACAGACGAGAACUUUGAUGGGAAGCUGCAGAAGAGCGAGUUCUUCAUGAUCGCUCAGGACAAGGAUGCAGUAAGAGCUCUCAAGGAACUGGGAGUGGAUGUUUUCACGCUAAUCGACUUUGCUGACAUGAUCUUCGAAGAGCCGGGGGAGGCAAAGCGAUGCGUUGAGGAUGCUGGAUGCAUUGAGUUCCGAAGUUCCGAAGUUCCGAAACAGGAUGCUGGCGAAUCUGGAGAAGCCGAGCUUUCCUUUGCCGACUUCAUGGAGGUCAUCCUUCAGUUCCGCGGAACAAACAUGGCCACUGUGAAGGACAUGGUGGACUUGCGGAAGUGGUUCACGCUUCAGUAUCGCCAGAUGCUGAAAAGCGACUUAGAAGAGAUACUCGUUGGCAAGGACCGGGUUGAUGCCAAUGAACUUUCCAGCUUUGUGUUGGCUUGA